CGGAGCGGGGCGGUGGCAGCGGGGGCGCGGCCAGGCCGGUAGCGGGGCGGGGCCCGGGGAGCAGCCGCCAUGUUGGCGGCGCCGCUGCGCUGCGCCCGCAGGCGCACGUUUCUGACGGGGAUCGCAGCCAUGGCCACGGUGGGGACACCCGGCCCCCCCAGCCGCCCUCGUCACACCAACCGCCUGGUUAACGAAAAGUCCCCGUACCUCCUGCAGCACGCCCACAACCCCGUGGAUUGGUACCCUUGGGGUCAGGAAGCCUUUGAUAAAGCAAAGACAGAAAACAAGCUGAUAUUCCUGUCAGUUGGCUACUCCACCUGCCACUGGUGCCAUGUCAUGGAGGAGGAGUCCUUCAAGAGCCAGGAGAUUGGGGAGAUCAUGAAUGAGCACUUUGUGUGCAUCAAAGUGGAUCGUGAAGAGCGGCCAGAUGUGGACAAAGUGUACAUGACCUUUGUGCAGGCCACCAGUGGUGGAGGUGGUUGGCCCAUGAGUGUCUGGCUGACCCCAGACCUCAAGCCCUUUGCUGGGGGGACGUAUUUCCCUCCUGAGGAUGGAGUUCAUCGUGUUGGUUUUCGGACUGUGCUGCUCCGGAUCGCAGAGCAGUGGAAGGAGAACAAAGAUGCCCUGUUGGAGAGCAGCCACAGGAUUCUGGAAGCAUUGCGACACACAUCAGAGAUCCGUGUUCAGGGCCAGGAGUCACCCCCACCAGCCAAAGAGGUGAUGGACAUCUGUUUCCAGCAGCUCUCCAGAUCCUAUGAUGAGGACUAUGGUGGAUUUUCCAGAUCCCCCAAGUUCCCCACCCCAGUGAAUUUGAAUUUCCUGUUCACAUACUGGGCCCUGCACCGAACAACUCCAGAAGGUGCCCGGGCACUGCAGAUGGCUCUGCACACCCUCAAGAUGAUGGCCCAUGGGGGCAUUCAUGACCACAUUGGUCAGGGGUUUCACCGCUACUCCACGGACCAGCACUGGCAUGUACCUCACUUUGAGAAGAUGCUGUAUGACCAGGGGCAGCUGGCAGCCAUGUACAGCAAAGCCUUCCAGAUCUCUGGUGAUGAAUUCUUUGCUGAUGUUGUCCGAGACAUUCUACUCUACGUCUCGCGUGACCUGAGUGACCAGGCAGGAGGUUUCUAUAGUGCAGAAGAUGCAGAUUCCUACCCAACCAGCACAUCUAGAGAGAAGCGAGAAGGAGCUUUCUGUGUGUGGGCAGCCGAGGAGCUCCGGGCUCUCCUCCCUGACCCCGUCGAGGGGGCCACAGAGGGGACAACCUUGGGAGAUGUCUUCAUGCACCACUAUGGAGUGGAAGAGGAUGGCAACGUGGACCCCAUGAAGGACCCCCAUCAAGAGCUGAAGGGAAAGAACGUCCUCAUUGCCCGCGGCUCCCCGGAGCUGACAGCAGCCCGAUUCGGGCUGGAGCCAGGCCGGCUGAGUGCUCUGCUGCAGGAAUGCCAACAGAGACUGUCCUCAGCCCGGGCACAGCGGCCACGGCCACACCUGGACACCAAGAUGCUGGCAGCAUGGAAUGGGCUGAUGAUCUCAGGCUUUGCCCAGGCUGGGGCUACCCUGGCUGAGCAGGGAUAUGUGAGCAGGGCUGCACAGGCAGCUGCCUUCCUGAGGACACACCUUUUCGACCCUGACAGUGGGAGGCUGCUGCGGAGCUGCUACCGGGGCGAGCACAACUCAGUGGAGCAGAGCACUGUGCCCAUCCAGGGCUUCCUGGAGGACUAUGUCUUUGUCAUCCAGGCACUCUUUGACCUGUAUGAGGCCUCACUGGAGCAGAGCUGGCUGGAGUGGGCCCUUCAUCUCCAGCACAUGCAAGACAAGCUCUUCUGGGACCCUAAAGGCUUUGCUUAUUUCUCCACUGAGGCCAGCGAUCCCUCCCUGCUGCUGCGUCUCAAGGACGACCAAGAUGGAGCAGAGCCCACCCCUAACUCUGUCGCUGUCACAAACCUGCUCCGAGCAGCUUGUUACUCUGGUCACACGGACUGGGCAGAAAAAGCUGGCAAGAUCUUGUCUGCCUUCUCAGAGAGGCUGCAGAAGAUCCCAAUAACCCUCCCAGAGAUGGUCCGGGCCACUGCUGUCUUCCAUCACACCCUCAAACAGCUCUGUUUUCUCCCUCCUGCCACCCACCCUCCCCCUGGACAGGUCGUCAUCUGUGGGGACCCCCAAGGAGAAGACACCAAAGAGAUGCUGCAUUGCAUCCGCUCUGUCUUCAGCCCAAACAAGGUGCUGAUGGUCGCAGAUGGAGACAGCGCCGGGUUCCUCUACCGCCAGCUGCCUUUCCUUGCAUCCCUGGAGAGGAAGGAUGGGAAAGCCACUGCCUACAUCUGCAGCAACUUCACCUGCUCCCUGCCUGUCACCUCUGUCCAUGAGCUGCGUGGGAUGCUCAGCCCAUGAGCCUCUCAGUCCUGCUGCCUGUGGGAAGGGAAGAGUGGGACAGACUGGCAUGGGAGCAUGGGAGAGCCCCAUAACAGAGGCAACUUGAUCACUACCCCAGAUGGUUCCUGGCAGUGCAGUGGGGCUGUGCCCUUCCCCACCUGCAGUGGCUCGGGGUCUGCUUGCACUGUUGCUUCAGCAGUGUCUCAGCAUGACUGACUGUGGUCCUGGGUCCUGUUUUUGGUAUGUCCAGGAGACAUCCGUGUAGGAGCAUCUCCUGCCCCUGUAUGCAUGCUUGCUUCUCACCUCUUCUUGCUGAGGAAAAAGAAACCAAAUUAAAUAUAAAUCCCAGUGUUAAUGGAGGAGUCAGAUGGGAAAACUGUUAGGGUUCCUAUAGCAACCCAGGGUAACACUGUCAAAAGCACCUGGAUGACUUGGGAGUCAAGUGCUCUUAAAAAUGUUGCUGGCUACAACAGCUGGUAUUUUUCCUUUACAGAGGAGAUUGUAACAUACAUUAACUUAAUAUAUAGUGCAUGGAUAAAACCUGCUGAUUACAACUGAUGUAAAGUUUAUCCUCUCUUUUCUCCCCUCCUUCCCUUCUUGUCCUCCCUGCUUCCAAAUGGGUGAGUACCAGGUUUUCAGCAUCUCUCUGACACCCUGGGCUCCCCCAGCACGGUACCUCACACCCCAGCUGGCUGGGUGCUGUCAUCUGGCAGCAAAAUGGUACUGCCCACUGGCUUUCUAGUGGGUUGUGCCAGGAUUUGGGAGUAACUAGCCAGGAGAAAUGCCUUUGAAGUCACGUCGGAAUUUUGCACUUCAUCUGAGUGGAGGGGUUUUGUUUUCUCUCCUCUCUUGGUUUUAAAAGCCUGAAGUGUUUCUGGAAAUCCAGCUGAAAAUUGCUGGUUUGGCAGAUGUCCGCCUACUUUCUUCUGGGUUUUUUUGCCAUCUUUUUUUUUUUUUUUUAGCUUGGCAUCUCUGCUGUGGGGAUUGAUUUGACACCCGUCCUCAGAAGUGCUCAGAGUGAGUUGGUUUGUGUUUGCUGGGAGAGCAUCCUCGGAGAGCAGGGCUGGUGCUGAGUGCCUGUGGGGAAGCCCACACAGAUGCCACAGUGGCAGCUGUCCCCCAGGUGGCACGGUGCUGGGGUGACAUUUUGGUGCCCACCAGCCCCUUGUAGCACAGACACUGGGUGCUUUCCUCCCAUCCUGCGUUGCUCAUUGGUGAGCAGCUGUGAGCAGCCCCCAGGCAGAGCUAUGCUGUGAACCUCUGUCAGGAUGAAUUGGCUUCACCUCUCAAUAAAACAAAACAAAAAAGAA